CAGUCCUUUUUUCCCCAAAAAAUCUGACAAUUUCGAGCUCCCCCCAAAAAUAAAUAAUGUAGAGCGGCAUGGCCGGCAGCGGAACGCUACUGCGAAACCGAGGAGAAGACCUUCCCUCUCCAAAAACCUAGAGAAAAAGGGGAAGAAUUCCUGAAAAAAUCGUCGGAGGGGGCGAUGGGGAGAUCGAAGAGAUCCUGCUUGAAGAUGAUUGCUUGCAAUGGCGGCGGGGAUGUGAAUGAUGACGACGACGAUAUUUCGAUGGCCGAGAGCAAAACUUCAUCAGAUAAACGCCGGUGGAGUUUCCGAAAGAGAUCAGCCAGGCACAGAGUGCUAAGCAACAGUGUGGUCUCAGAACCUGUGUCUGUCAGCUAUAACAAGGAAAGCAUAGAAGUCCCGACGAAUAACUUUGAUUCUCCAAUAUAUUCUUCUAUCCCAGGAAAAAAACCCAUAGACCAAAAAAUAAAUGAAACCUUUCCCUUACCAUCUGCUGUUGUGAAUUCUGAAGUAGCUAAUCCGCUGGCAACUAAUGAAAAUUCCACUGCCAAUGACAUCAACCUUGAUGAAUCUGUUGUUAUUGUCAUUCAGGCUGCCACUCGGGGAUACUUGGCUAGGAGAGGAUUACAAAAACUUAAAAGUGUUGUCAAGUUGCAAGCUGCUGUACGUGGACAUCUGGUUAGAAGACAGGCCAUUGGAACAUUGCGUUGUGUCCAAUCCAUUGUAAAAUUGCAAGCAUUUGUGCGAACUCGUCGUAAAUGUCAAUUAGUUGAGAUGUUAGCCGCACAAGAGAAUAAGCUCCAGGUACAUGCCAAGAGAUCAAGACUAUUGGAGAAGGAAAAUUCUUGCAUAAAACCAAACAAAACAUAUUCCUCAACUAAGAUACUCCUUUCAAAUGGAUUUGCUCGUCAGCUUUUGGAGGCUACACCAAAGAAAAAACCCAUUUGCAUAAAAUGUGAUACUUCAAAAUCUGAUGAUUCAACAUGGAAAUGGUUGGAGAGGUGGAUGGCCGUAACUUCAUCAGAUAUAGGGCAGCAACUUGAGAAAAAGUUGAAUCAGGGUUGUCAAGGACAAGAAGAAAACACGGAGUUGGUUGAUUAUGAAGCAAGAAAAGAGGUCCCAACUGCAGUCUUUAUGUCAUCUGAUGCAGAGUUUGCUUCAGAGGAAAUAAGGGUGCUAGCUAAUGGCAAAGGGGUUGUAACAGCUAAAAAUUCUGGUACGUUGAAGUUUGAGGCUCCAGUAUCUGUUCUAAAUAAUUUCUCAAUUUCAUUAGUUAAUGAUGACCAGGAAAACCCUCAGUUCAGAAAUGAGGCUUGGGAUAUUACACAAGAGAAUCAUAUGAAGGUUGAAAAUGUUAAUGAAACAAUUACAGAUUCUCUCUCAAGUCAAAAGCAUUUGAAAUCAAAUUCAGCUGAAAAAAUAGUACUUGAUGAUGUUUCUGAGAAGCUUGAUUUUGACUGCAAUAGCCUGAAGAAUUCUUCUAAAAGUGCAUUUUUUGAACCAGUAGGAACUGAAGGAAAGAAGCUUGUACAGGGGCUGAGAAAACCAUUCAAUCCAGCAUUUACUGCUGCACAGUCAACAUUUGAAGCGCUGACCUCGUGCUCUUCUAUCAGCAAUUGUAGUAAUUCUUCUUAUCAAGAUGCCACAGCCAAGUCAAACUUAAAUAGCUAUUGUUUUCAGGUAGAUGCUUCAAAAGAGAGUAAGGACAUAAGCUUUACAGAGAACAGUGUAUCUUGCAAUCGAAGAGUUCAAAUUGCUGCAUCAGAAUGCAGCACUGAAAUUUCUAUCUCCUCCAUACUUGACUCACCCGACAGAUCUGAAACUGAGGGUGGGGAAAUUGUCCUAGAAAUUGGAGCUUUGGAGAAAGGGCACUAUGAUGUCAGUGGUGAUGCUGAUACUGAUCUUAAUCUUAUUAAAAUGAAGUCUGAAGGAAAGAAGUCCUUUGAUUCGGUGGUCCUUCAGCCACAACAACUAGAGGAAAGUGCUGGAAAUCUACUCAACUCAGCUGCUGCUGAUGAUGUAGUCCAGGUGGGACAACGGCCAGCUGAGCCAACCACAUCAGAUAUGCUGACUCAACUGGGAAAUUCUGUAGAUUCACAUAUUCGGUUAUCACUGGAAGGAACCUCCAAAAGCCGUACAACAGUCACCGAGUCACACGGAACACCAUCAAGUAAGAUAUCUGUAAAUGUUAAAAAGAGCAAAAACAAUGAUAAUAUGCCUAUUCAAAAGCAAAGGUCUCAAUUGGCAGGCAAGAGUUCACCAUCUAAUCCAAACAAUGAUUCAGGUGGAAGGACUGAACAUUUGACAAGGGAUUCAAAGAAUGCAAAGAGGCGGAACUCAUUGGGGAUGGCUAAACCAGAUCAUGUUGAUCAUGAACACAGGAUCAGCAGUAGCAAUUCCCUUCCAAGUUACAUGCAAGCCACCGAGUCAGCAAGGGCCAAGGCCUAUGCGAGUAUUUCUCCAAAAUUAAGCCCUGAUGUGCAUGAUAAUCACAUGAAGAAAAGACAUUCCUUACCUAUCGAAAAUGGCAAAGAAGGUUCCUCCCCACGCAUGCAGAGGUCAACAUCACAAGCACAACAGAAUUCAAAGGGCAAUGCCACUCAUUCUCCUCACAAUUCUGCGGAGAGGAGAUGGCAAAGGUGACCAAGCCUUCUGAGCAACAUAUGAUCUGAACUCAUCCUAAAAAUAUUAUGGAUUCAGUCAUGUAUUCGAUACAUCUUGUGCUUUUGUUAUUGGCAUAUUGUGUGAAUGGUGUGAGAAAUGGGCAAGGAGCAGAUCAAGAUUACAUGAUGUACAUUAUUGUUUAACAUAAGCUUCUGCCCAUUGUUUACUAUGUUGGCACGUGUCUUUUGUGAUAUCUGGCUGGGUUCCGGGGAGUAGUUUGUGCUUCUAUAGGACCAGCCUGAUGUGUUUAUUUGCAUGCAAAGCUUUGGGUUUUGAUUGUAAUAAAUCGAAACCGCCUUUUGUCAUUAAUAUUGUCAGAUCAGGCAGGAUCAAGGCAGGGAUCAAACCAUCUUCAAGACAA